UGAAAAAAAGAAGUAAAUUCCCUUCUUUUCAGAUUUCUGAAGUUAGCGGUAAACUCAACUCUCUCUUGCGCGCUCUCUCUCUCUCUCUCUCUCUCUCUCUCUCUCUCUGUUUCUGUGUGCAGAAGCCUUCGAGAGCAAAUUGAGAUUUGAUUUGGUCCAAACGCUGAUGACGAGCAAUGAGAGACCUAGAUUGUUUCUCCGUGAUCUUCUAUUUCGUAUAGAGAAUUCUGCGUAUAUGGAGAGUUCGAGCUCGCUGAUGCUAGGCGAGAAGCUGUGCGCGGUGUUCAAACCACUGAUUGCCCUCGUUGAGGCUUUCAUCUUCAGCUUAGUUGGUUGCUUCGGUCGACAACGGCCUCAUCAGCGCCUCUCCUACACUUACGACGAAAUCGUUCGCCUUGCUGCCAGCUCUCCAUUUACUGUAAAUGAGGUGGAAGCGUUGCGCGAAUUGUUCAACCAGUUGAGUAGUUCGAUUCUUGAUGAUGGCUUAAUUCACAAGGAGGAGCUCAGGUUGGCGCUAUUCAAAACUCCAGCAGGUGAAAAUCUUUUCCUGGAUAGGGUGUUUGAUGUUUUCGACGAAAAGAAAAAUGGCGUGAUUGAAUUUGAGGGGUUUGUCCAUGCGCUUAGUGUUUUUCAUCCAUGUGCACCUCUUGAAGACAAGAUUGAUUUCGCAUUUAGGUUGUAUGAUUUGAGACAAAGUGGAUAUAUUGAGCGGGAAGAAGUCAGGCAAAUGGUAGUUGCCACUUUGUUGGAAUCUGGCAUACAUGUGCCAGAUGAAACUCUUGAAGCUAUCGUCAAUAAGGCAAGAAUUACCGAUGCUAAAACUUCUGUAUGUUUCCCUUAUUCCGAAGUUUUGUACUCUCAAAGUUCUCUUUCGUUGCACAGACAUUUGCAGAUGCUGAUUCUGACAAGGAUGAUAAAAUUAGCAAAGACGAAUGGAAAGUUUUUGCUCUUCAGCACCCAACACUUCUAAAGAACAUGACGCUUCCACAUUUAAAGGACAUCACGACAGUCUUCCCGAGCUUUAUUUUCAACACCGAAGUCGAAGACUAAUGUCGGCAAUGCUAUUCCUAAAGUAAGCUUGGAUGCUGAGGCAAAGGUUAGAUGAUAUGGUGCGUUGUGGGAUUUUCUGGGUUGUGAUUUUUACUGCCUUGAAGGUUCCCUCACUUCAACUGGCUUGGGAUUGAGAAAGUGAAAAGCAACCUCAACCUCAACCUCAUCAAGAACCUCGUUUGGAAACGGCAGCACACCACAUCCCUUUCCAUCAUCAAAAUCAGUUUCAAUUCCUCGGCCGGAACUUUGCAGUGUCCUGAAAAUUAGAUCUGGCUGGUCCAGACUGGUCAAAUUAAGUUCACCAAGAACAAGAACCAAUAAUUUAUGUAUAGUAAUUGAAAAGAACAUUUGACCCAAAUAAAUAAAUAAAUAAAAGUAAUUGAAAAAAGCAUAAAUUAUUUAGUGAGUACGAAAGUCACAUUUUAA